GACCAGCAGACAAUCUGGCUAAUGCAGCAGGGUACAUCAAGGACCUCAAAUCUCGACUUCAUGUCAACUCGUUACGAGACAAACAGGAGAACCAGGUGCGGGAGCUUCACCAGUGGGGGAUGGACAACCUCCGGGGGAUCCAGCAGGCCUUGGACACUUCCACUUACAAUGCUGCAGACCGUAUCAAACAGUUUGGAGAUUUUGUGGGAGUGACAGACAGAUAUACAGGUUACCGUAACAACCUGACCCGCGGGUCAAGGGAACCAGUCAGAAUGGAACCAAAGUGGGUCGACAAGACCCAGCGCACCGAGUACAUCAACACCCUCAACUCCCGCAGGCCUUGGACAGCAUUUGAGCCAAGGACUACAUCCUCCGUGUAUUAUGGGGAACCCUCCGAAGUCCUCCAGAGCCGAGUCAGAUUCGGGUGCACACUUCCCGCCAAACGCAACAUUAGAGGUUACCAAACCAUUGAUAGUCUUUACCCGCGGAGUAAUACAUUUUACAUCGACCCUACUGCUACACAAAACAACGGUCUUUUGGACCUCAAGCAUAAGAACGCAUUCAACACCACGUCAAAAGACGAUUCUAGUACUUUGAAAAUGAGCACCAAGAAAGCCCCCGUUACGCUGUCCGUCCAGGAACAGGCCGGAAUAAACACCACCUUCCCCGGACGAACCGAGUAUAUGCACAAAUACCAGACCCCGCCCAUGGAUAUACCCACAAGUGACUUUAACAUUAACCCGAAGCCGAAUUUCCUUUUGCACGGACGACCACUAGGGGAGACGACUUACGAAAGCCACAGCACAGAAUACCAAACCCGCUACGAGUUCCCAGAUAGCAACAAAAUUGUGCGCAUGCCCUGGCUACGAAAGUGAAAGGAAUAAAACUGCCUCAAAAGAAUAUCACUUUCUGUUUCAAGAAUAAAUGACGGAUCUGAGUUGUUUAAAACAUUUAUAGCAUAAUGUAGUCCGUAGAGAAGUCCAUUGUGGACAAGAUAUUUGUUAACUUUUUAAAAAGAUUAUUCUUUCUUUCUACCAGAAUGCCUGUUUCUUAUCAUUUAUCUCGUUGAAUUUUUUUUUAUUAUAACAUAUUAUUUAUCAUAUCCAUUUUGUAAAAGGACAUGCCGUAAAAAACUAACAAUAAUAAAAUAUGU